AGUAUCAAACAAUUUCGCUUCUGUCCAUCAAAACAAUAGUAGUUUAUAUUUCACCUCUGGCAUUUCAAAUAGCAAAUUUCAGGUAAAAGGUUUAGAAACAAAAAUGUCGACAUUAAGUGAAGCCGAGCUUGCUCGAAUUGCACGCAAUCGUGAAAGAGCACGGAAUAUUAGGUCGUCGAAACUUUGUAAUCAUCCGUACGCUCGACAACAAGCCAAUGAAAGUGGCGAACAAUCAAAGAAGGAAGCACCAACGAAGAGCGUAACGCGUACCACGAAAUUGAUUGACAGUGGCGGUGGUUUUCUAAUCGAAAAAGAAGUGGUGAAUGAGACACCCGAAUGCCUUGAAAAACCAGAGGUUGUGGAAGAAGUCCUUCCAAUCCCUGUUCAAUAUGAAUCGUGUCUGGAAUGCAACGAUCAAUUUAUCGAAUCGUAUCUGCUGAAGAAUUUCGAAUAUUCGGUGUGUGACAAGUGUCGUGACCCAGACGAAAAACACUCUCUCAUUACACGAACCGAAGCAAAGAAUGAAUAUUUGCUCAAAGAUUGCGAUUUCGAUAAACGUGAACCGCCACUUAAGUGCAUCGUUCGCAAAAAUCCGCACAAUGUGCGCUGGGGCGAGAUGAAAUUGUAUCUACAUUUGCUGGUCGAAAAACGAGCUCUUGAAGUUUGGGGUUCGGAAGAUCGUCUCAUGGAAGAGCGUGAAUUGCGUGACGAAAAACGCGAAAAGACCAAGCUGAAAAAGUACAAUAAAAAUAUGAAGCAAUUGCGAAUGGAAAUGCGUAGCAGUUUGUAUGAUCGUACCACAAAAGCGCCACACACUCACGAAUACGGCGAGGAAACAUAUCACGAGGAUGAAGACAACUACACGCACGCUUGCACCAUCUGCGAUUUUGUUGAAACAUACGAAAAAAUGUAGGCAAAUGGCAAAGACACGAAAAUAUGAAUCGGAUUACAAGCAUCGAAAUAGCACAUUGAAUGUACAAUUUGUAAUAAGGAAUCAAACAGCGAUAUUAAUACUAAGAAUAGUCCCAAAUCACAUCACUAAUCCAUUGUUCUGUCUUAUAAUAAUAAUAAGCAUCUUCUAAGAAAUACCAUUACUAAAUAAUAAUAAAAAGAAAUCCGCAUGAAAUUCACAACAAUUCAAA